GCUGUCGCGAGCGUGAAGCAGUGAGGAGCACACGGAGCCGCUCGGGGCCGGCAACGUGUUUUUUAAGUGCAGAGUGAGUGAUUGGGACAUGUUUGUGCAGCGGUCGGACACAUGAGCGACCCGUCCAAGGGGCCGCCGAGGCGCGGCGCCCAGCUGCACUCGCCGCCGCCCCCGACUGACACGGACGUGAGUCCAAGACCAUUUUCGCACAAGGUGUCCACACCCGUCCGGGACAGUCCCGUUCGAGAAAGGGUGUCCUUCUUCGAGCAGGUGGACCGCCAGAAAUCGGUCACGCCCGGCUCGUCGAGGAAUGCCUUCGAGACGGUGGAGGAGACCCGUAGACGGAACUUCCAGGAAACCGGACACCCUCGGACGCCCGGUACGCUUUUCCGCGAGAGCUACGAGAGCAUCACCGAGGAGGGCGUGGAUGAAAAUGGAGAUAAAGUGGUUCGCGUAGACAGAGUGAUUCUGACUAAGAGUGUCCGGGAAGUGUCCAGGAAUUCCGCCCACUCGUCCAGCAGCAGCAUCGCCUCUCCGGCGAAGGAACAGUCGCCCGGGCCGGACGAACAGGACUCGGCCUACCGCACACGCGGCAUGUCAAAGUCUUCGUCAAUCAGCUCGCUGGUGUCCAGCUGGGGCACCGGCAGGUUCACCUCGCAGGAGAGUCUGCUGGGCAGUGCGGCGGCGGACAACAGCUACUCGGACAGGACGACGCCGAGUCGCACGACCGACUCGUCCGACUACAAACACCAGCCGUUCCAAACGAUCGCGGCCAGAAUGAAGCAAAUACGCAGCAGGGCCGAGUACGACUCGCACAUUGCGGAAAUCAAGGAUGAGCAAGAGCGCGUUCAAAAGAAGACCUUUGUCAACUGGAUCAACUCUUAUCUCUCCAAGAGAAUUCCACCGAUGCGAGUCGAUGACUUAAUUGACGACUUGAAAGAUGGAACGAGACUGCUCGCUCUGUUAGAAGUGCUUUCGGGAGAGAGACUGCCGGUUGAAAAAGGUCGUAACCUGAAGCGGCCUCAUUUUCUUAGCAACGCCAAUACUGCCUUAACAUUUUUAACUAACAAAAAGAUUAAAUUGGUCAACAUCAACGCGACUGACUUGGUUGAUGGAAGACCUCCUGUGGUUCUUGGUCUCAUCUGGACCAUCAUUCUGUACUUCCAAAUUGAGGAAAACACAAGAGUUUUGGAGUCUCUUGGGCACAACUAUGCUGGUAGUCUCGAGAGUCUCAGGGGUGACGCCUCCAGCCCUGAGACCUUCGGACACAGGAAGACUCCGGACAAGAGAAACGCUGGCGCUAAAAAGGCUAUGCUUACAUGGGUGCAGAAUGCGAUGCCACCCUCGUUUAACGUUGUCGUCAAAGACUUUGGACCGAGUUGGAGAGACGGCAACGCUUUCCUGGGCAUCAUCGAAGCCAUCAAGGCCAACCUACUGGACUUGGCCAGUCUGAACCGCGGCACCAACCGGGACCGCCUCGAGACGGCCUUCCACGUGGCCGAGAGUGAAUUGGGCAUCGCCCGACUGCUCGACCCCGAGGACGUGGACGUUGACCGUCCCGACGAGAAGUCCAUCAUGACUUACGUCGCGCAGUUCCUGCACAAAUACCCCGCACCAAGCGCCGGGGCGAGUACUUUGUCAGAAAUUCAGGAAGAGUACAGUGAGCUGGUGGAAUGGCUGAUGCAGAAAACACAAUAUUUGGAGCACCACGUCCAGACUAAGACUUUGUCCAAAAAUUACUCUGAUUUUGUGACGUUUAAGGACAAUUUCAAGCUCAAACAAGUGGUGUUUGAAAAACUGAAGAAACUUGUUGACACCCAAAGCAUGGUCGCCAUCACCCUCGAGUCUUGGAGGGAGAUUGAGCGACUGUGGGCCAAACUCGAAUCACAAAUCCGCUACUGGCAGUGGUUCUUGGAUAGCAACCUGCCAGGCGCCCUCGGAGAAGUGGGCAAGUGGUUGGGCGACGCCGAAAAUUUGAUUUUCAACGACGACAUCCCCCAAUUGAUGAACGAAGAGACGGCCACCAUCAUCAGCCGCAAACUGGAGGAGCACAAAGCCUUCUUUGCGGAAUUGCCAAACGUGCAGAGCAAGUUCGAGUCGGCACUGAGGAGCACGUUGACGCAGAGCGUUCCUCAGGUGCAGCUUGACGACAUUGCAAGCAGACUGGACGCCGUCGGCCCCAUGGCCGCCGAACGCCGCGUCAAACUGAAGUUCCUGGAGCACAAGUGCUGUCUGAUCGCCUUCCUACACCUGACCGAGAACAAGCUGCGAGCCUGGACGGUCAAGUAUGGAUAUGAGGACAGAGUGCAAGUGCUGCUGGACCAGUACAAGAACUUCGUCUCGCGGAAUCGCAUCUUCCAGGAAUUCAACAAAGCCUACCAAGACAUGCAACAAGUUGUCGAAGAGUACAUUACUGAAGGAAAAGUUGAUCAAAAAGAGAAAAACAAUAUUGACCGAUUCAUGCGCGACACUGGCGAGAGAUGGAAAAACGUUUCAAUGGAGCUGCGCUGCGUGCAAAGCAUGUUGGAAGAGGUCAUCAACUACUGGCGCAAGUGGAACUCGGGAUCUGUCGAGUUCGAAGCCUGGGUGGAACAGGCCUAUAACGUUUUGCGUCUCUCUGAAGUUGAGAAGAUGGAAUACUUCCAAGAGCUGAGUGUGUGGAAGGACAAGUUCCAGGCCAUUUCGGACGCUGUUCAAUUUCUGAUCGCGACUUGCGAUGAUCCCAUCGCCUUUGACCUUAGAGACAAGUUUAAUUACCUGUCCACAAGAUGGGAGGAACUCUUCCCCAUGGUGAAGCAAUACAUGCACGCUGGAGACAUUUUACGAAACCGAAAAGAGUACCAAGCCGGAGUGGACAAACUGCAGGCGUGGCUGCGCAAUGCAGAGUCCAUUCUCGCCUCUUCCCAACUGGGCUCGACUCAGAACAUCAAGGCCUACGGUGAAAAACUGCAACAGCUGCAGCAUGAGAUGGAAAGCACAGAGGACCUGUUCAAGUCAGUCAGCAAGAAGUUCCAGGAAUUGAUUUCUGAACUUUCCAGGGAGGAGGUGGACCGCAUCAUGAUUACUUUAAAGAAAGAAAAAGAAUCUUUGGUUAGAGUCCGAGCACUGAUUCCGACCCAACUGCAUCUUUUCCACCAAAUUUUGGUGCAGUACGAGUCUCUUGAAACUGGACAGGCGGAGAUUUCGCAGUGGUUGGACGAAGCCGAAUCAUUGCUGAACAGCUUCAGUCCUGUCGGUGAUCGCGAAUUCUUCCAGGAGCAGUUGGAGAAGCACAAAGCGUUCUUCCUAAGGACUUUCUACUACAAGUCAAUGCUCGAGAGCAAAAACAAGGUUCACCAGAGCAUCAUCAAGUCGUUGCACAACACUGAAGGAAUCGACACCAGCGCCUUCAAAUCAAAGAUGAGCCAACUGAACCAGAGAUUCACAGAAGUUGUUCAACUUUCCCAAUCUUGGGAACAGCGUCUGAAUGAACUGCUACGGUGCCAUGAACGCUUUGCCGAGUCAGAAACGCUUGUUUCAAACUGGCUUAGCCAGGCAGAGCAAAUGAUGGGAGACAAAUUGCUGGACAAUAAACAAACUGUGGAAGCACACAAGCGCUUCUUUGAGAAAGUCAAUGAAAAGUGGCUGCAUGAUUUUGAAAAUGCUGCUCGCGAUUUGAAAAAUUGCCAGCCUCCAGAAGAGAAAGCAGUUUUGGAGAAACAUGUUGAGGAUUUAAAACAGAAGUGGAAGGAUGUUUUGUCAAAUGCGCCUUUGCACCUAAUGAGACUGGAAUUCCGACUGGACGAAAGUGCCUUCAAGACGUUCUUGAAAGACGUUGAAAUUGAGCUUGGCAACGAACAACAGGCGCUUAACAAGCAUGACGACAUUGGGAAAAUCAUUAACAGACACAAUGAUUUCUUUGCUCGGCAAGACGUGGAAGGAAAAGCAAAGCAGGGACUGGAAUCGCUCAAAAAGAUAUGCACCAGCUACUCGUCCUGGAAGCCAAAUGAAAGGGACUUGUUUGACAGUUUUUUGACUGUGCAGAAUGAGUGGAAGGCCGUGAACGAGAAAAUCGAAGCAUUCCGACAACAAUUACAAGAGAUUCCAGCCCAGUGGCAGAAAUACCAUUCAAAAUUCAAUGAACUCUCAAAAUGGAUGGACUCUGUGGACAGGAGUAUUGAAAGUAUAAACAGGGAAGUCAACUCAUUGGAAGAGUUUGAGAAUGAAAGACGCCACUUCCAGGAAAUUUGCCACGGGGUAGAUGCCAGACGUGAGGACGUCAAAUGGCUUGUCCAGACCCUUGAACUUCUCACUUCUAACUGUGAUGACGAAAACAGCCAACAAGAGCACAACAAUUUGGAAGCGCUAGUGACCAGAUAUAAGGGGCUAGUGCCCAAUAUUGAACUGACCAUUGUCAAAACCGACGUGUACUCCCGCUGUUACAACUACAGGCGAGAAGUCAGAGAGGUGUGCAACUUGCUCAAGAAGGUGAAGGACACAUCUUCGUCGUCCAACUUCCCGGAUGGUCUAGAGAGUGCGGCCAACCUGAUCAAAAAGCAGGAGGCCGCGAUCAAGCAGUUGGACGACCAGAGGGCCAACAUCAUGAGCAUGAUGCACAAAGGCAAGGACUUGGCCAAGGACGCCAACGCGCCCGCCUUUAUCAAGGACGAAGUGGACAGUCUGGGUGCCGCGUGGAACGACGCAUACUCGCAGACCACCGAGAAACUCAAGGCGCUGCGGAGCACGCAGAAAAUCUGGAACCAGUAUCAGGAGCAAAAGGACGAGAUCCUCAAGCUGAUCGAGCAGGCCGAAGCUGAACUCAGUAGAUUAACGGGCGGAAUCGACCCGAGGAAAAUCGUGGCCGACCUGCAGGCCAAGCAGGAAAUUGGCAUCGCCCUCAGGGAGGCCACGGAAGACAUGCUCAGGAAGCUGAGAGACAUUUGUGCCGCCCUUUGCAAGGUGACGGCGCCUGAGAAGAAGCCUGCUUUGCAGAAAGAGGUUGCUGAUAUUGAAAAACGUUUGCACAUUGUGCUUGAGUCUGCUCAGGAGCAGGCAAUCUAUCUGGAACAAUUCCAAGAACGGUGGAACUGGUGCAAAAAUCAGGUUCGCGAACUGAAAAACUGGACGCAGCAAGCGCCUUCCUAUUUGCAGCACAUUGCAGCGCCUGACUGCCAUCCUGAGGAAAAGCAAAUCCGCGCUCAAAAAUUGCAAGCGCAGUUCGCGGAAAAUAUCGAUCUUUUGCAAAACUUAGCGGAGGAAGUCAACAAACUACUUAAAGGUGACUGUGAUAAAGAGGAGGCAGCUAUUUUAAAAGAUGAGGUGCAAGACUUGGAAAGAGAGUUGGCGCAGUUGAAGCGAAUGUUCGACAACCAGCUCAGCACUGUCAACCAAGACUUGGCCCUUUGGAACGAGUACCAGAACGGACUUCAGCAAAUUAAGCCUUGGCUCGAGAAGGCAGAAAUGAAAAUUGCCGUUUCUUCUGUUAAGCCAGAAACCCUUCCAGAGGCCAUUCAACUUCUCCAGGCAGCUAAAGAAUUUGAGGCUGAAUGUGAAAAGAAACUUGGGCAGCUACAGGCUAUUCUGACCAAGAGUCAAACCAUCACGUGCCAUACAAAUGCCUCAGAUGAGGUUGACGCCGUCCGUUCCAGGUGGACUUCACUCCACGACCAGGUGACCCAACGACACGCCAAGCUGCAGAAGUUGGUCAACACCUGGCAGGAAUUCAACGCACUUGCUCAUGAGCUUUGUGACUGGAUUGGCAGCAAAGAGCGAGAAAUUGCUGCUAUCAAAGAACACAGAGACAACAGAGGAGAAAAACUGGAAGACGACCAAGCCAAACUCAAAGCUUUUGCAAAUGAGUUGUCUGAAAAACAAUUUGUCUUGAGUGCUUUGACGCAAAAUGCAGACAAGAUUUGCCAGAAUUUGUCUCUCGAUGGUGCUGCAGCUUUGAAAAACACGCUCGGAGAAAUCAAAUCUCGGUACGCAGCGCUCGGAGCUAAUUUGAGAGACACUUCUAACGCCAUAACUGACACUAUUUUGACCAGACAAGAGUUUGACACUACAAUGGCAACUUUCAACGCAUGGCUGGACAAGCAAGUCCCUGAAUCGCAGCACAUCGACAAUAUCCCCACAGAAAAAGUGCACUCCACCCUUCUUUCCGUCCAUUCGAUGCUGCAGGAGGUGGCUGAAAAGCAGCCUGCUUUGGGCACCAUGCAUGAGGAAAUGAAAACAAUCGCCAAAAAUGCCAGCCCCAAUGAAAUUGCUCGGCUGAAUGACCAGUUCUCCAAGAUCACAAAGAACUUCCAGGCGGUUGAGCAAAAUCUACAAGACAAAAAGAGUGCCCUGGAAAAAUGGUCAGAGUUGGUCAAUUGGAAUAAGGAGAGCAUGGAGUUCAUCAACCACACCAAAUUCCAAAUUGCCCAAAAGUCAAAACCACAGGAGCUCGAAGCUCUUUACGUUGAGCUCGGCAACAUUAAAAACAAUCUACAUCCAAGAGAGAAGUUUGCCGCCGAGAUCGACAACGCCCAGUUUAACCUGACGGUGACUGAUUCUGCGUCAGGUAAGCCAAUCAGGGCUAAACAAUUAGUGGACGAAGUGAAGGUUGCUUGUUCAGACGUUCACUCUCAAAUUGAUGCAAAGAAAGAAACCCAGCAUGAAAUUCAGAAUCACUGGAUUCAGUUGCAAAACAUGCAACAGUCUCUUUGCCAAAUCAUUCUGAGGCUCCAGGGCCAGAUUCAGGACGCAGUGUCUGACAUUCCCUCCACCGAAAAACUGGAGGAGGCGCUGACCGCCCUAACCAGAAUUCAGCAAGACCUGUUCCUAACCCGCCCUGAAAAAGACGCGUUGAACAAUUUGGGAAAGAAAAUCAUGCAGGAGGACCACUCCAACCUGUUGACGGUGCAGAACAUUCUUACUUCCAUUGACUCCAACUGGGAGAAAACCAACCAAACGCUGAACGACUACACGGCAAAGUACGCUGACAUUCAGCAAACCUGGCUCCAGUUCGAGGAGUGCAACAAUAAGGCGGUCGCUGCCAUCCAAGUGGGAAAAAAUACUAUCACCGAGGUGGGAGAGGAGCCCGUGGACUCAACGCAACUGACCAUUGCCCAGGACAAGAUCAAACACGCUCUUGAACAUCUGGCCAGGGCGAAAACCUCGCUGGACGUCAUGGACGCCAAGGGCAAGUUCCUGGUGCAGGAAGGAGCCCCUCUUGGACUGAACGUCACCAGCAUUAAGACGGCUUACGCCGAAGCCCUCCAAGGAGUUCACCAGACAACUGAAAAGAUCAACAAGAUCACGCAGAAUUUGGCCGCGCAGGCCAUGAUCUGGAAGCACAUUGAAGAGUGCAAGGGCAUCGUUCAGGAUUGGUUGAGGGAAACGUGCGAGGGCUUGACCAACGCGGUGCAAAAUCCAUCCAAUAUCGAACUUGGCGUAAACCAACUCAAUAAAUACAAGGAUGAACUGGGAAAUAAUUACAAUAUCAAAACAAGCAUAGUAACGAAAACUGGGCAGCUUUUGAAGCUUACGGAGGGAAGACCGAUUCCAACUCUGGAGACUUUGAAUAAGUUGCUUGAUGAAGAGUUUGCCCACAUAAAGAGCAUUGCUGACAAUCUUGACUCAUUAACCUCAACGAUUGGAGAGAAGGAAAAAGAGUUCAAAGUUGACUCAAAGAAAAUUAGUGACGAUUUGGAGAAAUUGCGCGAGGCUCUGAUGUCAUGCGAUGACCUUUCAGGGGACAAUGCAAAGGUUCUUGAGCGUCUGAGAAAAUGCAAAAUUGUUAAAAAUGAUUUGGAAAAUCUCGACGGUAAAGUCAAAGACCUGCGGGAUAAAAUUAGUGAUGUUACAAGGAGUUACUCUGCCUUUGCUGAUUCUUCGGCGGCCAAGGACCUGAACGCUUUGCAUAAACGUUUCGAAACAGUCAGGAGUCAAGCUGACAAAACCGAUGGAACUUUGUCUACUUUCCUCUCUAAAUUCAACAAUGAAAAAUUUGGCACUCUUCAGCGUGCUGUGGGGCUCAUCAAGGAGAAGCUCCAAUGGUGCACUCCAGAGGCGAGCAGCGACAAAUACAAUUUGGAGGUGAAACUUUCAACUCUGAAGGAUGUCGAAGGCGCAAUCACCGAGUGCGAGAGCAAGAAAAACGAGCUGGAAAACUCGUUUGGCAUGUUGAUGGACGUUUUGUCUGCGGACAAAGUGGCCGAGUUCGAGAACGAGAAGUCAAAGCUCAUGAGAGAAUUUGCCGCUGUUAAAAACUCAUAUACUGAAACGAGGGACGUUCUUCAGCAUAACAUCGAGCUAUGGACGCAGUACGAGCAAGUUUCUGAAAUUGUCACCUCCUGGCUCAGGGACGUGGAAGGCCGCGUCAGGUCUGAAAGUGUCAAUCAAGUUAAUUUGCCUGAAUUGCGAGAAAACAUUAGAAACAAUCUACAUUUCAAAACGGAGGUUGAAAACUUCAAAACCACCAUCGACAAAUUGGAUAGCUGCGGGAAAGAAAUCACUGCGAGACAGCCAGAGUCCCGCAUCGGCCAGUAUGUCCAACACCUAACCAGUCGGUAUGAUGCAGUAGUCAAAUUCAUCAACGGCCACAUCGAUCGUCUGCAAGAAAUUGAGACCAAUCAAGCUAAUUAUAAUGCGGCAGUGCAGGAUGUAAAGAACUGGAUCGAUGAUUCAAAGAAAAAGCUUGAUUCGUUUAAUUCCCUGCCAGCUGUCGGUCCUAAGACCAUUUUGACCUAUCAGUCAAAGUUGAAGGAUUUGAAGUCCUUCUUGGACGGAAAGGAAGCUGGCCAGACUUUGCUCAACACGGCCGUUCAGAGAGGUGAUUGCCUGUUUUCCGGAAUCACUCCGGACAACAGAGAGGCCAUCAGAACAGAGCUGCGAAGCUUGAGAGACAUUUCUGAAGCAUUGAUUGACGAUGCCAACGCCAUCGGCAAGCGAAUGGAGGCCAUCAUGAUCCAGAGGUCGUCGUUCGAUGAUAGCUACAACCAGGUAACUCAGUGGAUAGAAGAGAUGAGACGUAAAGCUGGCGAGGAGAAUGUGGAAUUGAGGGCAACCCUUCAAGAAAAGAAGGCUCUGAUGCACGUUUUUAAGUCAACGGCGCAGGACAUUGACACGCACAGCAACAUUUUCUCCCAAAUGGAGGCCAAAAUCGAAGCUCUCUCGGACAAUGAGGCCAGAGACAAAUUCGACGAAAUCCUGGCCGAAUACAAAACGCUGGCUGAAAGAAUCAACAGGAAAAUAGGCACGGCUGAAAAGUACGUGGACCAGCACGAGUUGCUGCAGCAGCACUUUGAGAAAAUCCAGGACUGGUUGACAUCUUGCAAGGCUGAAGCCGGCGUGGUCACUGAAACAGCCAUUGAGAAAGAGGGUGCGGACGCCAAACUGAUGGUCGUCGAGAGUCUCAUUCAGCAAAAGCCAGAAGGAGAUAGACUGAUUGGAAUUUGCCAGGAGCAGCUCCAGGUUGUUCUCCAGCAGACUGAAAUCUCCGGCCACCCAGCUUUGCACAAUGAGUUUGAGGAGCACCGGAACGCAUGGGAGAAUUUCCUACAGCACUGCUUGCAAAUUCAAGCUCAGCUUAACCAGCUAUGCAGCAAAUGGUCACAGUUUGAGGCCACCGUUGAUGCUCUACUCAUGUGGGUGAAGCAAAAGGAGACGCAGGUGCGUGACCAGAGUCUCAAAAACUCCCUUGAAGCAAAGCAAACGCAGCUGGACAAGUUGCGUCUGAUCGAAGAGGAGGUCUGGGCUAAAGCAGACCAGUUCACCGAUUUGGCAGAGCAGAGUUCUGGAAUCGAAGGCGAGACUGAAUUGACAGUCAAAGUUUCCCAACUUGUAACCCGAUACCAAGGCUUGAAGAACGCAGUUAAGGAAGCUGUUGGCAGAUACGAGACUUUUGUUCAAGAGCAUAGGUCGUUCAACGACCAAGAAGCUAAAUUCCUUGAUUGGAUCGCGAUGGUUGAGGAGCAGCUGAAGCUUCUGAGCGUUGUGGUUGGAGACCUUGCUAUUUUACAAGAUCGUCAAAGGAAGAUCAGAGAUUUGGUUGAGGUUAAAAAUACGGAGAGCAGUAAAUAUGAAUCAUUGAUUGAGCUUGGAGAAAAGUUGUAUGCUCACACCUCUCCUGAUGGUCGUGAAGUUAUAAGACAACAACUGAAGACGCUGAGAACACUCUGGGACAGCUUCUGUGAAGAUCUUCAAGCCUCGUCUAACAAAUUGGAGCAAUGCCUGAUGCAAUAUGUUGAAUUCUCCAUGGCCCAAGAGCAGCUCACCAAGUGGCUGCGGGACAUCGAGAGGGCCAUGCAGCAGCACACAGAGCUCAAAGCCUCUCUGCAAGAGAAACGCGCCCAGCUGCAGAACCACAAAAUCAUGCACCAGGAAAUCAUGUCGCAUCAGUUGCUGGUGGAGUCGGUGUGCAACACCGCCCAGCACCUGGUCGACCAGACGCAGGACACCUCGCUCAACGGCUACCUUGAUUCAAUCAAACAGCUCUUCAAAAACAUCGUGAUCAAGUCACAGAAUUUGCACGACAAGCUGGAAAAGUGCAUUCAGGAGCACAACAACUACAACUCGCACUGCAAGGUUGUGCACGACUGGAUUGUUGUUGAAAUUGAAAAACAAGGCGAGUGCGACACUGUGAGCGGAGAGAAGUCUGACAUCGCCAGACGCCUUUCUUCUGUGAAGUCUUUGAGACAAAACGAGGAGGUAGGCCAGAGGUACUUGUCGGAACUGAGGGAAAUGUGCAAUGAUGUGUGCGCCAACACUGCCUCAAAGGGAGUUGAAGCACUGGAAAAGGAAAUAAUUGACUUGGAGACAAUGCUGAAGGAACACAUUAGCUCUCUAGACGUGAUUGAGGCCAAACUGAAGAGUGGUCUGAAGCAGUGGCACGAAUUUGAAGUAAAACUGGACGAGCACACUAAGUGGUUCCGACACACCGAGGCCAUUUUCCGUGAGCAGCCCUUGCAAGAGUCGGCCAACAAGAAGGAGGAGGUGCUCAGCCACAUCAAAGACAUCCGAGAAACAAUUCUGACCAAAGAAAAGGAGAUCGAUGAAUUCACCGACGCCUCUCAUUCCUUGCUGCACUCGAGCGGCGUUGAGAGGAUCAAGCCUCUGAUUUCGCAAAUCAGCAACCGGUACCAGUUGCUGCACGUCCUCAGCAAGGAGGUCAUCAACAACUGGCAGACUCUGGUGGACGAGCACAACUCGUACGACGAGAAGUACGCUAGUGUGGACGCGUGGCUCGGCGAUUUGGAGGGAAAGUACGACAACAUAAAGAGCAAGAGCAACAUCAACGAAAAGGCCAUGUUGUUGCAACAACUAUCCCUCGAAAGGGACAACGCCAACCACAGGUUGUCCACCCUGACCGCGUUAGGUGAGCGUCUAUUUGCAGACACGGCCUCUCAGGGCAGAGAGAAAAUCAGACAAGACCUGAGGGUAUUGCGCGAGAGGUGGGACAAACUGGAGGAACAAAUCGCCGACCAGCAGAAAAAGCACGAGGCUGAGACCAUGCAGUGGAGCAGCUACAAUGAAAUGCUCCAACAGACCCUGGCUUGGCUGGACAACAUGGAAAAGUCCCUGCAAAACGAGCCCACUGCCUGGUCCACCUCGACGCAAGAGCUCAGGUCAAAGUUGUUGAAGCAGAAGGCCGUUCUGCAAGACGUCCUGAGUCACAAGAGGAUCAUCGAGACCGUCUGCGAUAAAGCCAAGGCGUUGUCUCAAAGUUCCAAUUUUGGCAACAGUGAGACUCUCAAAGCUGGGCAGCAGAUAAAUGAUAGAUAUGAGAAGUUAGUCAACAACUUCCUGAUGAAUAUUGCGGCACUUGAAGAGUCACUGGACGCGUUCACGGUUUUCCACGAUUUGCAAAAGUCGCACCAGGAUUAUCAAAAGCAGCUCUGGGAACGGUCGUCUGCACUUGCAGAUUACAGUGGUAACAAAUCAGCCCUGCAAUCACGCCUAGCCAAAGUUGUCGACAUUGAGAAUUCCCUGACUGAGGGUACCACCACUCUCAAAUUGCUUGCCGAGCACAUUGAGAGAAAUCAAUCAAAACUGCCCCCGAGAGCCAAAGAAGCUAUGGAACGAGACCUGUCCACUUUGAAAUUUGAGUUUGACAAAUUCGUUACCUCUCUGAGCGAUAUGAAGCACGGCUUGGAGGAGCGAAUUCAGCAGUGGUCCGAGUACGAGUUGUCGUUCGAGCGCCUUUUGGCGUGGCUCAGCGAAACCGAGGCCGCGCUCAAAAACUACGCACACAAGUCCACCCUUGAGGAAAAGGAGGAGCAACUGGAAAAAUACAAGGAACUAGUUAAAGCGACCAAUAGCAGGUACAGGGAUAUGAAGGAGACAGUUGUUCUCGCAGAACAUCUGCAACAAACCAUGCUCCUGACGCUCAAACAGAAUGAGUUGGAAUUUGACAAAAUGAGUGAUGACGCAACCGAGCUGGCCCAUGUGACUGGAGAAUCGAGGAUUUCGGUCAACAUCCAGCAAAUCACCUCUCGAUUCCAAGGAAUCCAAUCAACGGCUAAAGAAAUUUUGAAGAAAUGUGAGCAAGCUGCGAGUGACCACCAGGCGUACCUGGAGAAGUACAAACAGGCCUCAACGUGGCUUGCAAACGCACAAAACAAAUACUACCGUAGCAUAGACGCCAAAAGUCUGAGCACCAAAAACGAUGUUGAGAAGCAGCUGGCCAGUCUGCGCGAGUUGCUCGGUGAACAGGGCGCUUCCAUGCAGUUGAUCAACACCACGGUCGAGCUGGGAGAGAAACUUUACCCCUUCACUGCUGUCGAGGGCAGGGAGGCCAUCCGCCUGCAACUGGAGGAACUCCAGCAGGCCUUGGAGACUUUGUUCGAUGAAGUUUCCGGAACUGAAAAGAAACUGCAGGAGAAACUCUCAAGGUGGACAAACUUCGAGGAAUUGAGUGACCACAUGAAGAAGUGGCUGAAAGAUGUUGAACCGCAGUUGCCUGAGGAAAUCGUCCUCUGGACCACCUUGGAUGAAAAGAGAGCUCAACUGCAGUCCUACAGACUGGCCCAUAAUGACGUCAUCAAUCAUCAGCAGGACUUUGGCCUGUUGAAGGACAGAGCUGAAGGCUUACCAGAGAGGAGUGCUAAAAUCGACCAGCUGCUCAAUCAGCUUGUCAGGCAAUAUGACACUUUAUACAAGAGAGCUCAGACUUAUGUGGAGUCUUAUGAGGCCAUUGUAAGUGACCAUCAGCAGUACAGCAAAGCUGUGAUGGAAACUCAAGAGUGGCUCGAAGCCACCAACAGCACAAUGAUGCUUUGGGGCGACAGCGACCUGGAAAGAAUUUCCCUCCACAGCAAUAUUGAGCGUCUAAAGAAUUUACUGCUGUCACUGCCCGAGGAGGAGUACAGAAUCCACGCGAUUCGAAAUUUGGGCGAAAAAGUGGUGCCGAGCACCGUCGAAAGUGGCCAAGUUAACAUUCGCUCGCAAAUUUUGGCCUCCCAGCAGGAAUGGGAAGGAUUAAUCAGCACUGCAAAGUCUACAAUUGAAUCACUGGAGUCAAAACUGGGCCAGUGGAAUGAAUAUGAAAAAAUGAAGGACGAGUGUCUUGCUUGGAUUAGACUGACUGACUCAAAACUGCACUCCGUUGACUUAAAAGCAAAUUUGCAGGAGAAAAUCGACCAAUUGGAAGCUCUCAAGUGUCUACAAGCUGAAGUUCGAGCCAAGGAACUAGAAAUGGAUGCUGUGACCGAGCGAGCGCAGCAACUCUACAAGGGUUCGUUGAGCGCGAGGAGUUCGCAGAUUUCCGAGCUGGGUCUGAAAUACCAGCAGGUGUCCCACAAGGCCAAGGACCUGACCAGUCGCUGGCACGGCUACGUGACCAGCCACCAGAACUUUGACAGCAACAACAGCGAGUGCCUCAAGUGGCUGGAAGAGGUGAAGCGGAAACUGGACUACUGCUCCGACUCCAGCACAAAGUCCCAGAAGGAUCUCGAGCAAAAACUGGAAAUCAUUCAGGGGCUGAUUUUGUGCAAGGAGGAGGGAUUCGCCAAGGUGCAGUGCACAGUCGAGCUGGCGCAAAACGUUUUGGCCAACACCGCCACCAGUGGCCACGCGCAAAUCAACCAGGCUGUCAACAAACUGCAAGAGGAGUGGAGCAGUCUUGCCUCAAGAAUGAUUGACACAAAGAACCAACUGGACGACUCAAUCCACCGUUGGUCUGGAUUUUUGGAGCAGAUUGCUCAGUUGGACAAAGUUCUCGAUCCAAUCGAAACUUCCUUCAAUGAGCUGUCCGAGUUCCAGACCACAAUGUCCGAAAAGAGGGCACAACUAGAACGCCUCAGGACUUUGGAAGAAAAAGUGCGUUGUGAGAAAAUUGAGGUUGACGGACACAGAGCAAAGGCUCAAGAAAUGAUGGCCAGCGGCCAGCAGAGCCAGGCGGCCUUGAAAGCUCAGACGACCCUUCAAAGAUUCGACAGUAUGGCCGAGAAGGUCAAGAAAUUACUUGCGGAGCGAGAAGACCAAUAUCGCGACCACCGACUGUACAAAGAGGCGCACGACGACCUCAUCGGUUGGUUGAGCCGCGCUCGCGAAAAGGUGCCUUGCAUCAAGCAACAGUCACUCAGUGACAAGCUCGCGAUUGAAAACGCCGUCGCGCCUCUGGAGUCUCUGCUGAACAAGCAGGCGCAGGGCGAGCUGCUGGUUGAACAUCUCACGCACACCGGCGAGGUGGCGAUUGCCAGCACGUCCAAACAGGGCCAGGACCAAAUCAGAAACGAAAUCAGGGCUCUGAGGGAAGGAUUUGAGUCGCUCUUUAGAGACAUACGGCAACAAAAGCACCAGCUUGAAAGCACUGUCGGACAGUGGCGAGAUUACAAGGAGGAAUACGAACGACUUUCAGACUGGUUGCAACAGAUUGAGAUUCACAUCAAGGCACAAAAGACCGCGCUUCUCUCCAAUGUGCAGGAGAAGCGCAAGCAGGUCAAUGAAGUUACGGAACUGUUGCAAAAGCUUGAGAAAGGUCAAGAGCAGAUUGAUCGUUUCAAUCAAGCGUAUGGUUCUUUGAUGGCAUCGCACCUUGACACCUACAUUCAGACGCAAAUGAAGCACCUGAAUUCCAGAUAUCAGGUUCUGGUCAACAUGGCCAAGGACGUGAUGAAAAAGGUAGAAACCAACUUGGAUCAGCACGAGCAGUACGAGACGAAUCAUGCGAAGGCGCAGAAGUGGAUUGAGAACGCAAAGCAAAUAAUUUGGGACAGCAGCUCAGGCGCGUCGAGCAGCAGCCGCGAGGUGCUGCAGUCGCGCCUCAACCAAGUCCAGGACUUGAUGAAGCAGCGAGAAAUGGCGCAGAACUUGGUCCACUCCACUGUCGGCUGGGGCGAGAAGACCUUGAGGAACACGCGGUCUGACGGCAGGGACGCCAUCAACAACCAGCUCAGAGACCUGCAGGCCGACUGGGACAGACUGGUCAAGAAGUUGUCCACCACCAAGGUCAAUCUGGAGACCAGUCUGCUGCAAUGGGCCGACUACAACUCGUCUUACACCAACUUGCAGCAGUGGAUCUCCGAGAGGGAGGCCAAAUUGCAGCAAGUUUGUGAGCAAAGGCUUCCAAAGACGAGGAAAACGGUGACAACCUCAGGAAUGAGUUCUUUGAGCAUGGGCGAGCGCAAAGCAACGCUGCGCCAGACCAACAGCAUUGUUCAGGACAUUGUGUCCUUCGAGCCCAUGAUCCAGUCUGUCGCUUCGAAGGCAUCCGACCUGCAGCAGCCGGCCGCAGAAAUCGCUAGCAAAUACGAAACCCUGACCAAACAGGCCAAAGAACUCUACGCCAAACAGAAGGAAACUGUGGAGCAACACCAGGCGUUCAUCGACUCCGGAAACGAUUUUGUUCAGUGGAUCAGAGCCGCAAAGGAGAGGCUGAGCAAGUGCUCGGAACCCACAGGAGACAAGGACUCGCUCAGCAGCAAAGUUUCACAACUCAAAGUUCUGCAAAGUGAGCAGCCGGAAGGCCAGAAAAAGCUUGAAAAGGCACUGGAGCAGGGAGAAGUUGCCUACCAGGUUGCAGACAAAGAGGACAAGGAAGUGAUUGAAGAGGAAGUUGCACUUCUGCAGGAGGAAUUCGACAAUUAUGUUGAUUCUCUCACGCACACCAAAUUCCUGCUCGAGGAGGGAAUUGUCAAAUGGACUGAAUACGAAGACCAGUACCAGGAGGCCACGGAUUGGCUGAGCCAGACCGAGGGCCAUGUGCAGGGCUUCAAUAAACUCUUCAACACUCUUGAGGAGAAGAAAACCAUUCUUGAGCAGUUCCAGAUGCACCUUCAGACCGUCUUUGACUGGCAGAAGGAGCUCGACAGACUCAAUAUGAAAGCGCAAAGCCUGUUGGAAACCUGUGCUGACUCGAGGAUUUCCAACGCUGUGACCCAAAUGACCACCAAGUACAAUGCUCUUCUCUCGCUGGCCAAGGAAGUCAUGAGAAGGCUGGAACUUCACUACCAGGAGCACCAGCAGCACUACACUUUGUACCAAGAACUGGAAGACUGGAUAGACCGCACCAAAGAAAAGGUGAAGGAAUGCCAGGAAAGCCCGACUUCUCUCUCCGACGCGAACAACAAGUUGCAAAUGGUCAAAACCAUCAGACAGUCCCUCGAACAGGGUCAAAAUAAACUGCGUUACGCCAUUGAGCUCAAGGAAAAGGUGAUUCUGAACACCGAGCAGGUUGGCGCCGCCAAAAUUCAGGAGGACACUGAGAACCUGAAGGCUGAGUUUGAAAAGUUGAUGGCCAUCGUCCAAGAUCUCAGGACUAAACUGACCGCCAAGAUUUCCCAGCUCGAAGACUCAAACAAAGAUUUGAAAAUGUUGAAUGAAUGGAUUGAGGAGGUGGAGCAAAAAAUGCAGCAGAUCGAGAGCAGCGUCCAGACUGGAGACUUUAGCGAAAAAAGGGCCGCUUUGGAAAAAGUGCGAAUCAUCAACAAGGACGUGGCGUCGCAUGACGAAAUGAUCGACCGCGCCAAAGCUAAGUUACAGGAGAACAACACGCAGCCGACGACUGAAUUCGAAGCUAGUCUGUCCAAGUUUGAGGAUCUCAAGGAGAAAAUUAAGAAGAACAUUACGGAUCUCGAGGACAUUGUGAACAAACACGACUUGUACAGGCGUAGUUAUAAUGACGCGUUUGACUGGAUGCGGAAAAAGCGCAUCGAUGUGCAGCAUUGCAACGAUACCCAUGGCGAAAAGGAGAAAAUCCUUGAAAAGGACACUGUCAUGAAGGGCGUUUCUGCCAUCAUGCCUGAAGGUGAGGCAUUGGUGCAGAAGGCUGUAGAGUUGUACAAUGACCUGAAGAGCAGUGUAACCGGUCAGGAGGGCCAGGACAUGCUCAAUCAGGAAAUUUCGGCGCUCAAAUCCGACCUGGAGUCGUUGAAAGGCAUGUUCAAGGACACGCAGAAGGUGAUCACCAAGUGCAUCACUGCGUGGGAUGACUUCCACUCUAGCUACGACUCAAUGAAGAGCUGGCUCGAUGAUUUCCAAACCAGAAUUCACGUUGACAAUGAGGACGAAAAGGUCACUCCGGAGGACCUCCAGAAGUGUCAUGCCCUGUUGAAAGAGGCUAACCAGCACAAGAUGCAGAUGGAGGAGCUGAAUGACAGGUGCGAACUUUUGGUCGAGCUGAGUGCUUGUGAAAGAAUCAGGGAUCAAACCGUCCACCUCCAAGGAACCUAUACCAAUAUUGUCACCCUUCUUCAGGGUUUGGUUUCCAAAGUGCAAAAGAAUUUGUCAGAUCACACUGAAUUCAUAAACGCCAAAGAGGAGUUUGAUGUUUGGCUGAAGAGAGCUCAGGGCACUGUCCAGUCCUGCGAAGGUGUUGGCGACGAGGCUGCCACCAAGGACAAACUUGAAACUAUCAGAUUGGUUGCAAACAGAAUGACGGAGGGUCAGCACAUGAUGAGUGCAGUCCAGGUCAUUUUCUCCAAGGCCAUCAGCAAUACUCCCGAGGAGCAGCAAGAGAUCCUGAGGGAGACCAUGGGCUACUUGCAGAAGAGCUGGGAACAACUCAGCAUGGACCUCAAUAAUGUCAUGUCCAAUCUGAAGUCGUACACCAAUCGCUGGGAGGAUUUCAACGAUUCAAAAUCUCGGUUCAUUGUUUGGAUCGGUGAGAUGGAGGAAAACCUGCGAGAAGUUCCAGAAACCAAGGCUGAACUUGGAGAAAUGAAGAAGCUGAUUGAACGAUACAAACACUUGCAAGACGAGGUAAAGAGGCGAAGGACAGAGUUGGACCAUCUGCUGACUGAGGCGACGGAAUUGUCCACCUGGGCCGGCAACCAGCUGCUGCUGGACGAGAUGAAGAACGUCCAGUCUCGCUACGAUCACCUCUUCAUCAAAUGCAACGCCAGGAUGACCAGUCUGCAGGACGAGAUGCAGGAUUACUCGCAGUACCACCAGUCCCUGCAAGAGGCUGAGAAGUGGCUUCUGCAGAUCUCAUUCCAACUGAUGGCGCACAACUCUCUUUACAUCACCAACCGGACACAGACACAGGAUCAAAUCACCGAUCAUGAGAAUUUGCUGUCUGAGAUUCAGAGGUACCAGGCUGUGUUGGACGAUGUCAAGUCCAAGGGCUACACGCAAAUCGAGCGAUAUGUGGUCAGUGUGCCCAGUCUGCAGGCUGCCAUUGAGAAACAACUGCAAAAUGUGCAGGACAGUUACAACUCACUUUUGAACACCGCAAUCCAGAUAAAGAAUCGCCUGCUGGAGUCGCUUUCAAAAUUCCAAGAGUACGAAGAUACAGUUGAAAGCAUUAUGCGAAAUUUGGACGUUUUGGAGCCGCAAAUCACUACCGAGGUUGACACUCACGCAGCUAGCUUGGCAGACUCACAGCAUCAAGUUGAAAGAGUUCGAUCAUUGCACAACAAACUGCAGACGGAGAAGUCGCGUCUGGCGAUUGCGGUACAGGCGUGCGAAGCGGCCGCCGCGUGUAUUUCCAGGCCAAGCAGCCCCCAGGAUGUGACGCCGACACCCAUUCCAGACCGCGAACUGGAGGUCAGGGCCAAAAUGGAGGACCUGAUCGACCAGGUGCAGAACAAACUGUCCUCGCUCAACUCAGCGGUUGGCGAACUGGAGGAAUGGUCGCGCCAGCAAGGCCUGAUGAAGAUUUGGGCGCAGGAACAGCGCGCCUUUGUGACCGAGUGGAACGCCAGACCUUCAAAACUGAGGAGCGAGGCGGCGAGACAGGAAUUCGCCCAAGCCGAAGAUUUGCUGCAAAACGUGGACGUUCGCAGAAGGCAGUUGGCAGAAUUAAAAACUGAGCCUGACGAGGCGCUGCAAAAUGAACUGAGCCAACUUGAGUUGGAUGUUCACAAUUUGAUAGCAAAGAAACAGGCGUCGCAAAAUGUAAUCGAGGACUACAGAAGCGCCGUCCAGGAGGCGCAAACGUGGAUGGACCAGGUGUGCAAAAGCAUGGAGGUGCUGGACAAAGGCAGCGGCCUGUUGUGCUACCAGAAACUUUCCUCCGUUGGCGAUAUUCUGCGUGACUUUGACGCCAACAAGUACAAGUUGGACGAGCUGAAGGCCAAAGGUAGCGCCGUCAUUGACCAGGUCAGCAACCUUGAGACCCAGCAGGUCGAGGAGCAGCUCAAAGCCAUCGAACGCCGCCAUGGCGACAUUGGAAAGAAAAUCCAGCGGAAGGCGCAGAUUUUGGAAAUGACAAAAACUGGUUACGACACGGCCAUCGAGGAAAUUGAACUGGCGCGCAAAUGGGCCAAGGAGAAGGUCAAGGGCGUCGAGAAACAGACCCCACUCGGCUUUGAAAGUAAAUCGGUCGAGGAGAAAUUGCAAGACCUGAAGUCUCUGCUGAAAGAGGCCGAGGGAAAGGAAAUCCUGCUCGAGACUUUGGAGAAACGCGUCGGCUCAAUGCAGGCUGAACUGGAGCCGAGCGAGCACUCCCUUCUGGAGGGAAAUCUGCGCUCACUGGCUCUGGACCACGACGAGUUGUGCGCCCUUUUGCGACGCGAAAUGACCAAACUGGCCGCCGCUAUUGAGCAAAGGCGCAAAUUCGAGGCGGACGUUGACAAGGCGUUGGCCUGGAUCAAGACCAAAGACAACGAAAUCAAGCCUGGCGGAUGGACGCCUCUCAACACUGCCUGCAUUGAAAAAGAUCUGCAAACCUACAAGAAUUUGGAGACUGCCGUUAAAAAUUACAACGGCACCACCCUGGCAGACAUUCAGAGACAGAGCAACAACCUGGCCAAAGAAUGUGAUGAUGAAAACAAAGCGAAACUGCAAGAAAUCAUGGAUGAUCUGAGUGAAAGGUACAUCAUCUUGACUAAAAAACUGGCGGCCAAAAUUGAAUGUCUGGGAGAAUUGAACGUCGGACGCAAGGAGUUUGAAACCGACUUGGAAAACUGCUGGCACUGGCUUAAGCAGGCGGCCGUGUCUGUUUCCGCUGACAUUCACACAACCAACAUUGACCUGAUGCAAGACCAUCUUGAAAAAUACGUCAAACUUGAGGGAGAAGCUGUCGAGAACGGCAAGUUGGUGGAAAGGGUUUUCACCCUGGGCUCAUCGAUUUUGCCGAGCGUGAGUGAGGCAGACCGCGUGUCCCUCACCGAACAGCUCAGCAGUCUGAAGAAAGAGCACUAUAGCAUGUCCGCCAUCAUUAGGGAGCGAUUGGAGUCCCUGAAGAAGGCGAUCGGCGCGAGUCAACAGGCUGCCGAGCAACUGCAGGAGACCAUCAAUUUCAUGACCACAAUCCGCCAGGAAAUCAUGGAGCUCAACAAGCCGAUUGGCAGCAAAGUUGAGGACGUGCAAGGAGUACUCAGUUCAUACGAGAAAAUUUUGGGAGAUCUGAAGCAAUACAAGCAGAAAUUGGGUGAGCUUGACCCAUCCAAAACGACAGACCUGAAGGCGGUCCUCAAACAACAGGACGAUCUGAUCAAAACCAUCGAGGACCAAAUCUCACGGCUGAAACAACUGCUCCUUUUGCGACAGCAGUUCAUAUCCAUCAUAACCGAAAUCUUGACUUUCAUCACAAAAUACACAGGCAUUGUCCGCGACAUCGAAAAGGGUGGACAGACUGUUGAGGAGAAGAUUAAGAAAUACGACGACGUGAUCCUGAAGAUUCAAGAGUGUGAGGCCAUGCUGGCGACGGCCACAGACAAGGGCCAGGCGAUCGCCAACGAAGGCACCGCCGCCGAUCGAAACAACGUGACGGAGCAACUGCAGUCCCUGAAGCAGCAGCUGCAAGGUCUGCGAAGGGCCGUUGAGUCUCAAAGAUCGCAACACGUGCUCACGGCCGAAGCACACAAAAAGUUGGCCGUCGAGUUGGGAGCGGCCCUCGACGGGCUGCACAAAAACGAGGCGGCCGUACGGUCGAGGCCACUGCUUGAGAGGGCCGUCGCCAGUGUCGAAAAUGAGAUAGUCAAGCACAAAGCUUUGAGUGCUGAGGUUGAAAAGCAGUUGGAUGUGAUCCGGAAAGUCCGGGGUGACGUCCAGCACGACGAAGGCCUUCCCUCAGCUUUGGCCGACCAGCUGAGUGAGGCGACAAUGCUUCUCAACUCUCUGCCACAAGAAUUGACAGACAGGAGCAAGUACCUUGAGUCAAACAAAUCCUACCGCACCGAGCACCAACUGCUCAAGGAGAAGCUCAAUUUGUGGAUAGAAAACGCCAGCAAAAUCAUGGACGUUGGCCACGAGGGCGUUGACUUUGUGGACAUCUUUACCCACCUCGAAAACCACAAGAAGUUCUUCUCCAACGAACCGAUGGUGAAGGAGUUGGUGACGCAAAUCCAGCAGUCUGGUGACCGCAUCUGGCCGUCGCUCUGCACCUCGGAACAGGAGGAGCUGAGCGCCGAGCACCAGUUGGCCACCCAGUCGCUCAAGAAUACCCUGAACCUGGCUCGCAGCCGCAAGGCACAACUUGACCAGGACUCGGAACUGUGGAAGGAGUAUUUGAAACUGAAGGAAAGGGUGCAGCAUAUUUCGGGUAGAAACCGGUUUGUCGACGACUCCGUCUCGUCCCUGCCCAGUCUGCACUCCAACAUUCAGAGAAUCACUUACGCUCUCAAUGACAUCCAGGGCCAGUCGCACGAAAUUGAUCUCCUACUUGAACGCGCCAAAGAAAUUUCCAACAAAGCUGAUGCUGAGAAUAAAUUAACAAUCGACAGUGACAUGUCUGCAAUCAGCACUGAAUGGAACGGCCUCAUAUCGGAGUUGGAGAACCGCAAGGAAACCCUGACCAAACUGGCCGAGCACUGGGAGACAUUCGAGAGCAAGUGGCAGCAAAUUGACUCCAAGCUGCUUGGAAUUGAGGUCAAGCUGAAGCAUGAGGACCUGGUUGUGAGGAACAAGGCCCAGUUGAAGGAAACCCAAGGCAAAGUUGAGAAUAUGAGCCAAGAAGCUAAUUGUUUGCGGCCGAUGUACGAUGAGUUGCAAACUUUGUCCAGAACGGUGCACACUUUCCUGUCUGCCAAUUCUGAACCAGCGGCGCAGGACUUCAAACAGAAGUUGGACAGCCUUUGGGAGCGCAUCGCAAAGCUGCUUGAUGCCCUUCGCGACACCGAAUCUGACCUCAUCAAGAAAAAAGAACUGUUGAAACAGCAGGAGGAGAAGGGAAAAAAUUUGUUGCAAGUGCUGCGGGAAAUUUUGUCCUCCAUUCACGAGUUUUACAUCUUUGAUGAAGACCAGAGCAAAGUCGAGUCCCAGCUCCAAGAGCUCGAAAGAGAAGUAGAGCAGCAGUUGGGAAAAUCCAACAGUUUGAAUUCCGAUAUCAAAGAGCACUACACACAGACCCAAGAGUACCUGCCGUCCGAUUUGGCACACGAGCUGUCCGCGUUAGAAAUUUUGUCCGAAAACGUCAAGGCGACGAUGGAGGAAAAACAACGCGAGUUCAAACGUGCAAAGACGAUCAGGUCUGACUACCUGAGAGACGUUGAAGAGGUGCAGAAUUGGAUUUUGGAGGCCGAGAAAAAGGUGCAGGACCAGUCCGUCGAGCCUCACAUUCUGAAGGAGUAUCUCCAGCAAAUUCAAUCCGAGUACGCAUCAGCUAAUGAGAAAUUGGAAAGACUAACCAAAAACGGGCACUUCAUUUGCGAAAAGUCCCGUGACGUGUCCGAGCAGGACCUGAUAAGGUCAACCAUUACCAACCUGACGGAGCAGCUGCUGCAGGUCAAGUCGUGGCUGGAGGAGCGUAAAAUGCAAGUGGGCGACUCCAUCGACUCGUGGCGCAAGUUCAUGCAGCUUUACGAGCACAUCAAGAAUUGGUCCACCGAGAAAACGGCUUUCUUGGCGCAACCCCUGCACCUGGCCACGCUGGUCGAGGCCCGGCAGAAGGUCAAUGACUACGCGUUGGCGGUCAAGAGCUGCAAGCACAUUGGCAAGAAUUUGGGCGAGAUGGCCAAGGAGCUCGAGAUCAUCGCCAGCACUUCGAAUAAUACGUCCGACUUGCAGGAAAAGUACGACGAGGUGGACGAGCUCAAGACUGAAGUUGAGGGCAACCUCAUUGAAACCAGCGCACUUUUGCAAGACACUGCCGAAGAGUGGGAGCAGUGUGAGAAAAAACUGAAGGACGUGCACGCCUGGAUUGAAAAGUCGCGAAACGCACUUGACUCGCCACAAAAUAAGAAAAAGGCGCUGAAAGACCAGUUGGCCAUGCGCGAAAAAAUGACCAACGACAUUACCAUCCAGAAAACAAAAAUCAGCAUCUCUGUUGAGAAGCUCCAAGUGCACUUUAGGGGUGGAGUUGGUGGCGACGCCAAAGUGUCCGAACAGGCGGCCGAGAUCAUUCAAGAGCUGGGCCAGUUGUUGGCCGUGGUCAAGGAACAGGCGGCCACUCUAGAGAAGUGCCUCGACCAGAUCGAAAAGUACCAGCAGGAAAUCCAGCAGCUCCGCCAGCAGAUUAUUAACGUGGAGCAGCAGCUCAGGGUAGUUAUGGCACCAACCUACUUGCCGCACAACAGAGAAAAGGCGCUUGAAGAGCAGAACGCCUUCAGGGAACGUAUUAAAGCCUUGCAGAUCAAGAUAACUGCUCGUAACGGGCGAAUCAACCUCCUUAUCCAACGAGGAACUCCAGAUUUGGAGCCUUUAGAUUCGUAGCUUCAAAACCUUUAGGUGCUUUUGUCUGGGCAAAGACUCGCGCAAAAUUUCCUUAAUGUCCUUGGUGCAAUGUUCCUCUCUUGGAUCCAUCUAUCUCUCAAGUGACCAUCAGCAACAUUUAGAAAGAAUAAAAAAUUAAUAAAAAGAAAAUACCAUAAAAGCUCAGCUGAAUAUAUCUCACUGAACUACCAAGCCUUGAUGUGGGUGUCUGAAUAGCUGAUGUGAUUGUUAGACAGUUUUUUCGUGCAAUGAAAAAAAACCAAAUCCUCUUCUUCUUCCAACCCAAUUUACUGAGCCAUU